AUGUCAGAUCAGGAGGACUUCAACAAAAUGGGGGGCCCUGGGAACAUAUCGGAGAGUUACCAGUUCAACCCUGCCAGCGUUAUUGUUUCAGUGGUCUUCUCGCUCAUCUUCCUGCUCGGCACAGUCGGCAACAGCUUGGUGUUGGCAGUGCUCCUCAGGAACGGGCAGAUGGGGUACAGCACCACCAACCUGUUCAUCCUCAACCUCAGUGUGGCCGACUUCUUCUUCAUCAUCUUCUGUGUGCCUUUCCAAGCCACCAUCUACUCCCUUGAGGGCUGGGUGUUCGGUUCCUUCAUGUGCAAGGCUGUCCACUUCUUCAUCAACCUCACCAUGUACGCCAGCAGCUUCACUCUUGCUGCUGUGUCUGUCGACAGGUAUCUGGCCAUACGUUACCCGCUGCGGUCUAGAGAGCUGAGGACACCCUGCAAUGCAGUCGCCGCCAUGGCAGUGAUCUGGGGCCUGUCCCUGGUCUUUGCCGGGCCCUACUUAAGCUACUAUGACCUCAUUGACUUUGCCAGCGGUAAUGUGUGCGUCCCUGGGUGGGAAGAAUACAACCGGAAAGUUCUGGACACAUGCACAUUUGUGUUUGGGUAUGUGAUACCUGUGCUCAUUGUGAGCCUCUCCUAUACCAGGACUAUAAAGUACCUCUGGACUGCUGUGGACCCCUUAGAUGGCAUGUCUGAGUCCAAGAGAGCCAAGCGCAAAGUCACCAAGAUGAUCAUUAUUGUCACUGUGCUCUUCUGUAUAUGCUGGCUACCCUACCAUGUGGUGAUCCUGUGCUACCUCUAUGGAGACUUCCCCUUCAAUCAGACAACCUAUGCAUUCAGACUGCUGUCCCACUGCAUGGCCUAUGCCAACUCCUGCCUCAAUCCCAUUGUCUACGCGCUGGUGUCUAAGCACUUCCGCAAAGGCUUCAAAAAGGUUUUUAGCUGCAUUCUGAGCAAAAAAGCCAGGAACAAGGUACAUGUAGUGCAUGUGGCCAACACUGUGCCUGCUUUUGAGACAGGGUCAACAGAGGUAUCACAAAUGAAUGAGAAUACUCAACGGAAUGAUUGUGAAAUGGGCAACCGUUCCCCAGCUGUUCCACAAGAGUCACUUUGCCUUUCCAACAGCCAUCUUGACUGAGCAAUUCUGAAUAAUACAGCAAACGUGUUUUAAGACUUUCUCUUUUAAUUUUGUCAAUGUCCAUUGACCUUGU